GCCCUAAACAUGUAGCUGUCCAUGGAGGUCGGCCCGGGGAGCCCUGCCAGUGCCCCGGGCCGCGCCGAGCCCCACCGCCCCCCCGAUGUCCCAGCGGAGCGCUGAGCGUUGAGCUGCGCGGCGCGGAGAGGCGUCGACCGCGGCCCCCGAGCGCAGGGGAGAGGGCAGCGGCGAGCGGCCGCGGGCCGGGGCGUAUGGAAGGGGGCCGCGUGUAAGUACCACCCGGCCGGGCCGCCGCGGACUUGAGAGCGAGAGCACAGGGAAGCAAGAGACGAGGAAGAGCCCGGGCUGGGAAGCCGAGCCCAUUUGUUUGGUCGACUGCUCUCCGCAGCGCUUUUUUUUCUUUUUUUUUUUUUAUUCUUUUUUUUUUUUUUUCUUUUUCCUCUCUCUCGCGCGUGUGUGCGCGCUUCCUCGAAGACCCAGCCCCGGGCGAGGAGGAGGAGAAGGAGGUGGAGGCACAACGCAUGAGCGGCGGCGGCGGCGCCUGGGGAGGGGGGAUCGCUCGGGCACCCGUGGGGACUCCGCAGCAGCGCCCCAUGGAGCGGCACUGAGGGCCGAGCGGUGCCGCCGGCGCGGCGGGCUGGGGCGGGCGGCGGGAGAGCUUCGUUCGGGGCCGGGGGCGGGCCGGGGCGCGCGAGGCAGCGGCGAUGAGUCUGGUGGGAGGUUUCCCCCACCACCCGGUGGUGCACCAUGAGGGUUACCCCUUCGCCGCCGCCGCUGCCGCCGCCGCCGCCGCCACCCGCUGCGGCCACGAGGAGAACCCCUACUUCCACGGCUGGCUUAUCAGCAGCCACCCGGAGAUGUCCCCCCCCGACUACAGCAUGGCUCUGUCCUACAGCCCCGAGUACGCCAACGGGGCGCCGGGCAUGGACCACUCCCAUUACGGGGGGGUGCCGCCCGGGAGCGGCCCGCCCGGGCUCGGGGGGCCCCGGCCGGUGAAGCGCAGGGGCACGGCGAACCGCAAGGAGCGGCGCAGGACUCAGAGCAUCAACAGCGCCUUCGCGGAGCUGCGCGAGUGCAUCCCCAACGUGCCCGCCGACACCAAGCUCUCCAAGAUCAAAACUCUCCGCCUGGCCACCAGCUACAUCGCCUACCUCAUGGACCUGCUGGCCAAGGACGACCAGAACGGGGAGGCGGAGGCUUUCAAGGCAGAGAUCAAGAAGACGGACGUGAAGGAGGAGAAGAGGAAGAAGGAGCUGAAUGAAAUCUUGAAAAGCACAGUUAGCAGCAGCGAUAAGAAAACCAAAGGGCGGACAGGCUGGCCGCAGCACGUCUGGGCGCUGGAGCUCAAGCAGUGAGCGCGGCGGGGGCCCCGCUCGGCGCUCCCCGAGGACUCUCGCGUUCGGAACCAUCCCGCUUAUUUAUGUGCAAUUUCUCCCCCACCCCCCUAAAAUGUGGAUAUUUGAAGGAGAGGGAAAAAGCAUUCCAUAGAUGGCUAUGAAGAGGAAACUCCGUCUUGGUAAGGGAUAAUAACGUCUCUAAUAGUUCCGUGAAUGUUAUUUGCUCUGUAUAAAACCCACGGGGAAAGCAGAACCGUAGAGAAGGAAAAAGGAAAAAGAAAAAAAAAAAAAAAAAUCCCUCCCUGGCAUUAGUGUGUAUGUGAAGUGUAUCUUUAAUACUUGGCCGUUUGGAUAUAAAUAUUCCUGGGAUUAUAAAGUUCUAUUUCAACAGAAGCAGUUGCACCCGCGUUCGGUCGGCUCCGUAUUUCGUGUCGUGAUUUUGUUGUGGUUGUUCGGUAUUCUGAGAUGUUUUCAGCAGUUAUUGGUUAUGUGCACUUCCGUCCAUAAGGGAAAAAGUGGAAUCUAAUUAAUAUUGAAGGUGUAAGCGUUGUAAGUACUCAAUAAACCACUGUGUGUGUUUUUUUACAAAAAAAAAAAAAAAGAAGGGGGGGGAAAGAAACCCAAAUCUUUUUAUGUUUUAUACCUCAAAAUGUUUUGAAUAACAGCGUUGUUUAUGGCUUUUUUUCAUAAUAUUUAAAAUAUUCGGAAGUAAACUAAAUUAUAAAGAUGGCUCCGAGGUUCGUUUUUAACCCAGUGCCCGAGUGAGAGGAGGGGAUGAGGGACGGCUCCCCCCGCCUUGUGCCUGCAGUGUUCUCCGGGCGAGGGCUGCGGGGCGGGGGUUUUUGGCUCUGCUUUGGGCUCUGCUGGCCCAGGUAGUUCCGUACCGAGCAGGGAAGAGGGAACGGGGCCGGAGGUCUGUGCGGAUGGGGAGCAGGACGGCAGGUUUACAGUUUACUGCGGUGAGCUUAGUAUUAUUUAACUUAGUGGUUCCCAAAGCUUUCACGAAUUACAUAGUUUUGUUUUGUUUUGUUUUUUUUUUCCAGCCCCUUCCACCUCUUCCGUGAUAAACCUCGGCUCGGUAUCGCCGCGCCCUCUAAACCCGUGCUGGCUCUCUCUGCAGGUCCGUGGCCGUGUGCCCGCCCGCCCCGCGCCCGAGGAAGUGGCUCCCGCCGCCCCCCGACCGUGAGCGGAGGUAGAGGUGCGAUUGCCCGAGCCAAGAUCAGGGCGUCCCGCGCCGGCGCUGGGAAGGUUGCAGGGUUACGACAACGGGACCAAAGGGCCGUGCCCUCUUCCCGGCGGGUCAGGCGGCCCGGCCUUGCGCUCCAGCGUGGGGCCGUGUUUAUAGCCACUUGCCUUUGUUUGUAGCACUUGCGGUGAGGAAUCUCUCCCUUGUUUGCUUUGCCCUGCCUGCUAGUGGCCGGGCUGACGAAGCAGAGGGCUCUGCAGCCCCCAGCCCCAAUCUCCUUUCUGCUUUUCCCAGUCUUCGCCACUCGCCAGGGCAUGGGGCUGCGGCCGAGAGCUGUCCUCCCCGGGGUUUUCCGAUCCGUAAUACUCUCCUUUUCGAAACGUUCGUUUUUCAGCCCUGGGAGUCCCCCCGGACUCGCUAAGAAGGAUCUCUUUUAAUUGCUCGGUAGUGAGGAUGUUGCCGUUUUCUCAGGAGCAGUCAUUCCCGGAGCUAAAUCACGAGAGCCCUAGACAGCCCGGAGCCGGCAAAAAGCUAAAUGGGGGAGCGGGGCGGCAGAAGGUGAAUUGAUGGUAGCCGGGAUGUCAGCGCCCCGCUCUGCGAGGCGGAGGGACUGAUAAGAGCGGGAUCCGCGGCCUCGGGGCAACUGUGUGGGAGGUGCGGGGCACGUAGCUGCAGUGGGACCCGACUGUGGGCAGUGCGGCCGCUCCGCAGCAUUUCCCUGCGUGAUGCGGUGUAGCCGGAUGGGUUCAGCCCUGCUCUUGGCCCGGCUUUGCUGGCAGCUCAACGCUCACCUUUAGAGAAAAUGACUUCUUAUUCUCCCCCCCCUCACCCCUUAAGUCGAAAAGAAACAGCAGUACUCCCGGCGGGCCUCUCCUCGGCGCCCAAAGUCUAUUGCUCCGGUGGUGGAGAUGCAGGCCGAGUCCCGGUUGCUGUCUCCCGGGGCUGCUCCGUGUGCCCACUGGCUGUGGAACGUGUUUCUGCCAACGGGGCAGAUCAGCUCAACAACCGUGAUCUAAAAUUUGUUGGUUAAUUUUUAUUUUUUUCCCCGCCCGCUCAUUUUCAGGAGCUCUUCUGUACGUCAGGAUGAUUGCAACGAUUACUACUAAUUUGCUUUCGUUGUCAGAGCAUUGUGAUGGGCUUCCUUCUGCCCAAGCCGCAGACACCCCCGGAACGAGCGCCGGGACGUUAGCGGGCGCUGUACGGACAUAAACAACGCCCGGGGGAUGCCACUGAGCCAAGGCGAUUCCCAAAGGUGGGCGGGGAGGAGGGGGAGAAGGUUAAUAAUAAAACCUCGAAGCAAAAUAUCCUCCUCCCGCGCUCGGAAACCCACCCUUAAUCCUCCUCCUUCACACGUACCGCCCGGCGGUCGCAAACGUGCCCAGGAGGAACCUCCAAGCAGCGAUGGGAAGGAAACGCAUUCCGCGCUCCUGCAGGCAUAAUCCCCUGUGCUGUAACGAGGGGCUUAUCGACGCUUUGCAUUUUUUAAUUUUAUUUUAUUU